AGAAAUUUUCAAUCCAAUCAAAAGUUUAAGCUAACCGUUGUAGAUAUAGAAAAUAUAUUUAUAUUAUAUUCUAAUAUGUCCAUUCACGUGUAAAUAAGAUUUAUCUUUUUAUUCACGAAUCUUGCACGUAAACAUUAAUUAAUUACUCUGCUCAUAGUAGAUGAAAAGGGUGGAGAAAUGGAGAGAAGGCUUGCAAUCACGAUUGGGAUCAUCGCUGGCGUGGCAGUACUCCUCAUUCUCCUCUCAAUUUUAUUGAGAAAACUAUGUCAACCCAAAGGUUGGAAAUAAAGAGAAAUAAAUUUGUGGAUUUAGAAACCAAAAUUUUCUUGCACAGACUUUAAAUUCCUCGCAGAUUUUAUUCUUCUCACUCCAGUUUUACGUUCCUUUUCCUUUCCGCAAUCCAUUUUUUUCGUAUACCCAAAUUCGCAAUCUCAGAAAUUCUACGAUUUCUACUGCAAAGAUCAGAACUUCAUCCUGAAUCCAGCAGCUUCAUUUGAUUCUGCAUUUUCUUGAAGAAAAUCUUCUACCCGGGCUUGUAAAUUCCAGAUAAUGGACGACAUGAAGGGUAAAUUCAAAGGGUUCAUGAAGAAAGUCAACAAUCAGAUAUCUUCAUCUUCUUCUUCUGGAAAAUUCAAGGGCCAAGGUAGAGUUUUGGGGUCGUCUUCUCCCGGAACGGCCACCAUUUCGACUCCAAGCUCGACCCGACCCGCGAAUCCCAGACCCGUUCCGCAGCAGCCAAAGACUCGGGAACAAAAGGUCGAUCAAAACCAUGAAUUUCGGGUCAACCCGGAGCAGAAAGGCCAUCAAAGACCAGAAUUUCCUAGUGCUGAUCAGAGAGAUGGGUUUGAUCCGUACGGCUCUUUGAUCACCUCUGGUAAGAGAAACCCUAAUGGCUAUGAACUGAAUGUGUUUGAAUGCCCUGUUUGUGGAAGAGGUUAUGGUUCAGAGGAAGAGGUUUCUGCUCAUGUGGACACGUGUUUGAGCGCAGAAAUGAGCAAAGCUUCUUCCUCGUCCAAUAAUGGCUCGGAGGAGAAAAGCGAGCUCGAAAUGCUUGUUUCUUCUUAUAUUUCCAGGAGCAAAAAUGGGUCUCAGGAAGUCAUGGCGAAGCUGCUGAGGAACAUUGUCAAGGAACCCGAGAACGCAAAGUUCAGGAAGAUCCGAAUGGGGAACCCGAAGAUAAAGGAGGCCAUAGCUGACGUGGCAGGAGGCGUGGAGCUACUGGAGUCUGUGGGGUUUGAACUGAAAGAUGAGGAUGGGGAAGUGUGGGCUGCCAUGGAUGCUCCACCCGAAGAAGAAAGGAUUGUUUUGCUUAAGAAGACGCUCUCGCUGCUGGACCCCGCCCAGCCUAAAAAAGACGAGAACAUUAGAUCUUCGGAUCUUGCUAAGGCAGAUGAACCUGCUGAACCAAGAAAGAUUGAUAGACAGAUUCGGGUGUUCUUUGCCGUGCCUGAAAGUGUGGCAGCCAAAAUCGACCUGCCGGAUUCUUUUUUCAACCUGUCACCGGAGGAAUUGAAAAGAGAGUCGGAAACGAGGAAGAAGAAGAUCGAAGAAUCCCAACUUUUGAUUCCCAAGUCAUACAAGGAGAAGAUGGCAAAAGCGGCAAAGAAGAGGCAUGCGAGAACUGUCAUCAGGUUCCAGUUCCCAGAUGGAGUGGUGCUUCAAGGGGUGUUUCUUCCAUGGGAGCCAACCACAUCCCUUUACGAGUUUGUGAGCUCGGCACUGAAGGAGCCGAGGUUGGAGUUUGAGCUUCUGCAUCCGGUGCUGGUUAAGAGGCGGGUGAUUCCACGCUUCCCGGAAGGGGGAGGAGGAGAGAGAGUGAGGACGCUGGAGGAGGAGGAUUUGGUGCCUUCGGCAUUGGUAAAGUGCAAGCCAGUUGAGACUGAUUCUGUCGUCUUCACCGGUCUCUCUAAUGAACUGCUCGGGACGAGCGAGCCUCUUGUGUAAUACUCUCUCCGUUUCACAAAACACUUCUGUCCUAAUUUUUUUGCGCACCCCGUAAAACAUUUCUACUCCGCCUGAAAUGUCUAAAAUGCCCUCAAAACAACAUCCACUCUGAAUAAACUACGAAAUGGUAUGGGGGUGUGCUUUUGACAUUUUAAGUUGGAUAGAAGUGUUUUUGAAAGAUGACACAUUACCUAAAAGAUGACACGUUCCAAAGUGUUUUGUGAAACGGGAGUGAGUAAUAUGACACACAUAAAAAGAGUGGUAUAUAGCCACACCACCUAAAAUAUGUUGCGGAGCAUUGAUGAUGAUGGGGUGGGCUAUGGAUAGAUCGUCUUCUUCCUUGUGUCAAAUUACUCACUCGAUUUGAUUCAUAAUAAUAACAAGAGAAAUUUACGUAAAUAGCACUAAAACAUAGUGACUUUCCCUAAAUAGUACUACAUAUGUUUUUUUCCUCAAUGUAGCACUUUUAGUCAUUAUUCAUUAGUCAUUAUUCAAUAAUAGAGUUAUUUUGCCACCUCGAGUUGAGGAACACGCGGCUAUAUAUAGGACCACCUCAACCGGAUCUGUCUCGACUCAUUUAAAAAUUACCGAGUAAAAUUAAAGGAGAAAUAGAUAUUGAAAUGGCGUCAAAGAAAGAAGAAACGGCGGUGAUCGUUGUCGGCGCCGGUCCGGCGGGGCUGGCCACGGCCGCCUGCCUAACUAAACUCUCCAUCCCUUACAUUA